GCCGCUCAAGCUCCGACUGGCAAACAAGAGAAGGUCCAGUGCUUCGGCCGCAAGAAGACGGCCGUGGCCGUUGCAUUGGUUCGCACGGGCAGCGGUCAGGUUCGGCUCAAUGGCUGCCCGUUGCACACAGUAAAGCCUGACAUUCUGCGAGUCAAGGUCUACGAACCUUUGUUGCUCUUGGGGAAGGAUCGUUGCAGCAAGGUGGAUAUCCGAUUACGAGUCAAAGGAGGCGGUUUCACUGGCCAAAUCUACGCCCUCCGUCAGGCUGUAGCAAAGGGCAUCGUUGCAUAUUACCAGAAGUACAUCGAUGAGGCAUCCAAGAAAGAAAUCAAGGACAUACUGAUGGCUUACGAUCGCUCCUUGAUCGUGGCAGAUCCUCGCCGCUGCGAGCCCAAGAAGACGCUCUGCACGUGCUCGCUUCCAGAAGUCAUACCGAUGAGUGCGGAGCUGGACACUGUUCUCGGCUGGGUGCCAAAGCUUGCGUCAAAGGCCAAGAACGGAGACCUUGAGACUGAGAGCCUCAAGAAGGAAGAAGAUGCUGUCUCAGAGGCUGUCCAAGACACGGUGCCGUCCCCGCACGGCGAGACAAGCCUCCGCCCAGCGUUUCCAACCCUCACGGAACUUCAAUCUCAGGUUGACAGGCAGCUUCUUCACGCUACCAGUCGUAAUCACUGGCAGGUGCUGGAGGAAAACAUCAAGCUCUCUCGGGAUCUCAGGAUGGCGCGGGCGGAGCUUGAAACUGGAGAGAUGCGAGAAUGUUGGCAGGAGGAGGUUGAGUUCUGGAAGAGGGAAGUCAUGAACCUGGAGGCAGAGAUACAGGAGCAGAGACAAAACCGAGAAGAGGCCACGGAAUUGACAAGCUCUGUAAAGGUGGCUGAAGUGCCGACUGAAGUUCGAAGUGAGGUUGUCGCUCUUUCCAGGGCAGAGCGCGAGCUAGCAGAGCUUGCACGAGAGCAGGCGCGAUGUGAAGCUGCUGCGAAAGAGGUCGAAGGGCGCAACGCCACCCUCCGGCGAAGCUUGAAGCAGAGUGGGCUGGAACGAGGUGGUGCAGCACGUCUUUUCGUCAACGCAUUGCCCGCCCUGGAUGCGCAAGCUGUUGAGGUCGCCAGAACAGCUCUGAAUGUGCACAUGCAAAAGAUGAAGUUGCAGAGCCAAGCUGCGAAGUCUUGA